AUGGCAUCUCAAAACCACCAUGGUAUUGGAAAGGUAAUAGUAAUAGGCACAGGCCCAACAGGCCUCCUCCUCUCCCUCCUCUUAGCCCGCCACUCAAUCCCCGUCCUCACCCUCGAAAAAUCCACCUCCCUCUGUCCCCUCCCGCGCGCAACCCACUACGGUCCCCCCGCCAACCGCGUCCUCGCCCGCGCCGGUCUCCUCCCCCGCGUUCGACAGCACGGCAUCGAAGUAGGCGGCGCCCGCUGGCGCAAACCAGAUGGCACCGUCCUUGCCAAGAUUGAAAACAGCAGGCUCGGGACGGACAAUCCGGACCGGAUCUCGUGUCUGCCGCUGAAUCAGUUGUGUAAGCUUGCGCUAGAGGAUUUAGAGCGGGAGCCAGGAGCGGAGGUGCGGUGGGGGUGUGAGGUUGAGGGGAUUCGCGAAAAAGGAGAAAAGGCGGUUGUGAGGAUGAAGACUGCGGAGGGGGUGGAGGAGUUGGAGGCUGAUUAUGUUGUUGGAUGUGAUGGUGCGAAUAGUAUUAUCCGGAGAGAGUUGUUUGGGGAUGAGUUUCCUGGGUAUACGUGGGAUUUGCAAAUCAUUGCUACAAACGUCUACUACGACUUUGAAAAAUACGCCUGGGUAGACUCCAACUUCGUCAUCCACCCAACAGACUACUUCAUGGCCGCCAAAAUCCAAGACGAUGGCCUCUGGCGCGUCAGCUACGGUGAGGUCCCCAACCUCAGCCACGACGAGUACCGCCGCCGCCAGCCCGCAAAAUACGAGACCAUGCUGCCCGGGAACCCGAAGCCGGACGACUACCGAAUUGUCAACUUUAGUCCAUAUAAGGUGCACCAGCGUCUCGCGCCGCGUAUGCGCGUGGGUAGGUUCAUCUUGGCUGGGGACGCUGCGCACUUGUGUAACCCGUUCGGCGGCAUGGGCCUCACAGGCGGUCUCGUCGACGUCGGCGACCUCUUCGACUGCCUAGCAGGCAUUCACGACGGUCGAGCCGACGACGACAUCCUCGACAAGUACGACCACUACCGACGAGAAAAGUACAACCAGUUCACGAACCCGGUCUCCGAGGCAAAUCUCAAGAGAAUGGCGUCGGACCCGGACGAGGUCGAAGCCAAUGACCCGGGGAUCGUAGCCAUGCGCGAGGCGGAUAAGACCGACGAGGCUGCCGUCGCGUUCCAGCUGGGUGUGUUGGGGCUGGCUCAUGAUAUGACGCAGUAUUAUACGAAGUAG